AUGGCUGAUAACGCAGAGGCGGGCAGCGAUGCCCAGAUCACCUUCAGGGUCAAGACGUCGCAGGAUGGCACCCACACCAUUACCAUGGCCGAGUCGGCGACCGUCCUCGACCUGAAGACGAAGCUGUCAACCGCCGAGUUCGAGAACAUCCCGGUCGACCGCCAGCGCCUCAUCUACUCGGGCCGCGUCAUGAAGAACGACGAUACGCUGGCAACGUACAAGAUCAAGCCCAACAACACCAUCCACAUGGUCAAGAGCGCUGCCAGCAACCCCAGCCAGCCAGCCUCAGCGUCCACUCCAACCCCUGCAGCAGUGCCAACCAACAUGGCCUCUGGUACCGCGAACAACCCUCUUGCUGGCUUGACUGGAGCUAGAUACGCUGGCCACCAGAUUAACCUCCCCGGAAUGGACAUGUUUGGCCCUGACGGCGGCAUGGGACCUCCCAUGGACGAAGAGCGACUGCAGCGCAUGAUGUCCGAUCCCAACGUGCAGCAGUCAAUGAACGAAGCCCUGAACAACCCGGAUUUCAUUAAUAUGCUCAUCGAAUCGAAUCCCAUGCUUAGGAACAUCCCCAAUGCUCGAGAGCUCAUUAAUUCCCCGUUUAUGCGACAGAUGAUGAGCAAUCCGCAGAUGAUGACGCAGGCUCUACGGAUGCAGCGGAAUAUGGGCCGACCUGAAUCCGCAUUCCCUGCUCCUGGAGCAACGGAUACGACCCCGGCCGAUGCGCCUGCGGCUGAUGGUACAGCUGGCCAGGGGAACAACCAGCAGCAGAACCCUUUUGCGAACCCUUUUAUGAUGCCAGGGCUUAUGGGCGCUGCACAGACUCAGGGCGCAGCGGCGGCGAACCCCUUUGCAGCUUUGUUCCCACCCCCGGCAGCUGGAGGAGCGAAUCCCUUUGCUCUGUCCCCGGAACAGUUCCAGCAGAUGAUGCAGGUGUUUGCUCCACAAGCAGCACCCUCACCCCCAGACAACCGGCCGCCAGAAGAGCGUUACGCAGAGCAGCUUCGACAGUUAAACGAUAUGGGAUUCUACGAUUUCGAUCGAAAUGUGGCAGCGCUGAGACGCAGUGGAGGAAGCGUGCAAGGGGCUGUUGAGCAUCUGCUUGGUGGCGGCAACUAA